UUUAUUUGAUCCAUAAAAACCCUAACAUGGAUCUUCCUUGUUCUUACUUGCUCCACUCUUGAAAACCUGAAACUUUACACUCUUCUCCAAUGGCAGACGAAGCCAACAGAACUGCUUUCUUAGAGCUUCAAGGUCGCAUGAUUGAGACCACUUCUAAAUUCAAGCAGGUCCAGAACCAGAUACGAACCAAGGAGGGAGAAAAGAAGCGUGCUUUCUUAACUUUGGAAGAGCUGCGGCAAGUUCCUGAUGAUACAAAUACAUACAAAUCUAUAGGGAGAACGUUUGUUUUGGAGCCAAAGUCAGUAUUGAUGAGUGAACAGGAGCAGAAACUCAAGGAUAGCGAGACUGCAAUAUCCUCACUACAGACGUCAAAGGAAUACUUGGAAAAGCAAAUGUCAGAGGUUGAGAACAACCUGAGGGAACUUUUGCAGCAAGAUCCAGCUCUUGCUCGUCAGAUAAUGUCCAUGAGUGUAAUGUAAAUCUUGCUGCGACUGAAAAUGCAUGUUAGUCAUGCUCUAGUUCUCUCUUGAAAGGAUCAUAAAAAAACAUUUGCGCAAUUUCUAGCUUUCUUUGUCAUGUAAUUUUGUCUAACAAGAUUUGCCCAGUUGCGUUGUUGUAUGUUUGCAUAGUUUUAUUGGUUUGAUAAGAAUACUGCUCCAUCCAUCAUUUCUACUUUAUACCAGAACUUUGCAGUGAUUCACUAAA